GCCGCGAGUUCGGUGGGAGAACCCCGGCACCGGGGCCGUCCAGAGACCCCCGGGAUCGGGAUCGGGAUCGGGACCGGGACCGCUGAGAGAGCCCCGGCACCGGGACAGCCGAGACCCUCCCCCUCCCGGCACCAGGACAAGGACUGGGACCGCCGGGAGACCCCCGGCCCGGGACCGGCCCCCCGCGCCAUGGCGGGCGGCAGAGCGGGGCCCCGGCGGCGGCCGAUGAGCUUGGCCGAGGCGGGCCCGGGCACGGAGAACGAGCGGCUGGGGUUGGUUCGGCUCAGCAUGCUGCGGAACCCGCUCAUCAUCAAGCCAGAACUGGGGAAGCCGAUGAGAAACUGCUACUCCCUUCCAGGGCCUGAUUUUACCUAUGGGAUGUACAUGCACAGGAGAGAUGGAGGAGUCCCUGAAGCCAUAGGCCACUGGGAUUCAGUGAAGGCCAAGCCUCAUAAAAGGGUCAUGCCCCGAGACUUUGUGACCAUGGGCCGUAAGGCUGUGGAUGAAGGCUGCACCACAGCCCGUGAGUUUGCUCUGUACUACAAGUUCAUGAACAUCCGCUGCAAAGAUAAGGAGAUCCUCAGAUAUGGCUGCAAGGUCCCUCCAGACAUGACUUUUGGCAGGCCACCACGGCCUUCCACACCCUUUUUUGACCUCAUACAACACAGAUACAAGGAACUGUGGAUGGAGCAACAGAGAGCCCGGACUGUAGUCCAGCACAUGGUGAAGAAAAAGACUGGUGAAGUGCGUGAGAACCGCACCACGUUCCUGCGCACACACCCGCUGCCCGUGAAGGCGGAGUCCUUCUGGCACCCACAGCGCUUUGAGAAGGCUGAGCCUCAUCUCAGGACUUUUCCAGACCCUGAGUCCCGUAAAAAGGCUCUCAGUGCCUCCCAUUGAGGAGUGCCUGUGAGUGGUCCCUUUCCUCAGAGGGCCCCACAGCAAGGACCGUGCUGGGCACAGCCCUCAGACCCCAGGAUUUCACAUGCAAUAGACUUUCUCUCAGGUUUUACAGAGUUAUGCUAAUGCAGA